AUGGCGGAUAAAAAAGAAACAGAAGUAUAUUUGAAGUUGGUCAUAGACAGGAACAAGAAAAAAGUUGUUUUUGCUGAAGCAAAUAGUGAUUUCGUUGAUAUCUUGUUCAGUUUUCUCACAUUGCCCAUGGGGACGAUUGUCAGAAUCCUGGCUAACCGUUCUGAUCCUUCCUCUCGAAAGGCGAAUAUUGGGAGUUUCAACAAUUUGUACGCAAGUGUGAGUAAUCUGGACACAAUGUAUUUUGUGACGAAGGAAUGCAGAGAUGUGUUACUCAGUACAAGGAGUUCUGCAGAAGUCCAGUGUCGAAAACUGAUGAUUAACAUUGAUGAUGUGAAGCCUACUCAGUACUUCGUUUGUGAUCUAUGCAUUGAUAAAUAUAAAUCUGGCAGCUAUGCCUCCCUUUACGUGAGUACUUGCAGUACUGUACCAUGCCAUCAUUGCCAGAACUUCUUGAAAAGGGCAAUAGAUUUUGAUGAUGACGGCGAAAGUGUUUUUGUUGCGAAGACUUCUUCUUUUGUUAUUAGCGAUGAUUUGCAUGUAAUUCCUAACAAUCCAACUUCAACACUUGGAAUACUAAAAAGCUGUGGCAUCAAAGAUUUCGCAGCUCUAGAAGAGAUCAAUACAUUAAAACUUGGUUCCAGCGAGAUCUUUCAUCUGCUUGAGUGUUCUUUCUUUUCAAAGAAUGCUUUAUCGGAUUUUUACUUUGGCAAGAAAUUGAAGAGUGUUGAAGUUCCAACUAUUGAACCUUCUCUUCGUACAGAGUGCACCGGUGGUGCCAAGAAGAUCACUUUUAAAGUAUAUGUUCAGAAGUCGACGAACAAGAUAUUGUUGGCUCAUUGUUCAGAGGAUUUUGUUAACUUUCUUCUCAGUCUUCUCACUGUUCCUUUAGGAAAAGUGAUCAGUCUGUUCCCCGGAGAUCAUGAAUCCUUAAAUAUCGAACACAUUCAUCAGAGUGUGACAAAGUUAAAUGUUGGGGAAUACUUAAAAUCGCAGCAACUGAAAGAUAUGCUACUUUAUCCUAAAUUGCUGUCACAAUAUUUUUGUCCCAGUCAUAUAUUUCCUCUCGAGGAACAAAAUAGUUUAUACAAAUAUCUGAAACGAACAAGUACUGCAGGCGGACGUGAUUUUUACUCUAUAUCUCUGGACUCUACACAAUCUUAUAAAUAUUUGUCAGACAUAAGUCCUAUAUCAAAGAUAGGAGGAGGAUUUGUCAGAGGGCCAACAAAGUUUAUGGUGACAGAUGACUUGGUGGUUACACCAUUAUCUUCAAUGUCUUGUUUCGCUUAUCUUCAGGAACUUAAAGUGCCUCUUAAUGAUAUUGAAGAGCAGGAGAUUCACUUCGGCAUGAAUGAGGCUGUUAACUUGUUGUGGGCAUCUCUGACAUCGACAUCAGCCUUGAGCAAUGGCCUCAAGUUCUUUAUCUUGAAAAAUCCAAAGCAAGAGACUUCAGUAAACAAACCAAGUGCUGAGAGAUCUGGUGUCAAGCUUGAACAAGGUCAUUUCUAGGUCACUUGUAACCUGGAGUAUUAUUACAUUGUUAAGAACUCCCAGCUAUGGUUUCAAAUUUGAAGAAAAAUCUGUGUAAUUUAUAUAU